AUGUCGACUCGCCACGGCGUCGCCGAGCCCGAGGUUGGCCAGCUGGUGUUCCAGGCGGUUGGCACCCUCGCGUUCGAUGACCUCGACGACUGCGCGGCGUUCCCGGCGCCCAAGGGGUACGCCAGGCACGUCGCGUGCUCGAGCAAGUACGGCGUCACGUGCUUCGCGGACGGCGGCGGCGUGCGCGUCAUCGAGACGACGGCGCUCGUAGCGCACGCGGCGUCGACGAAGGAAAAGAUGCCCCGCGAGCAGCUCUGCCCGCCCGACGCGUUCGCCACGAUCGCCAUCCCGGACGUCUCCUGCGUCGCCUUCUCGCCGUGCGAGACGAUACUCGCGGUAUGCGUCGGACCCCAGGUGCGCUUCCUCGAGACCCGCGCCCUCGUCGCGUGCGCGCGCGAGCCCACCGCGACGCCGACGCCCGAACCCUUCGCGAUGGCGUCCCUCGGCGCCGACGAAUCUUCCGAUCGGGUUCGAGAUUUCUUAUGGCAACCCGGCGGCGCCAGCGGCGGCCUGGCCUACCUCGCGCUCGCGGGCCCCGAAGAUUCCGACGAGGGCAAGCUCUUCGUGGGCACCGCCGGCGCGGACGACGGCGUGGACAUCGCCGACCGCGUCGUCGCCGUCGCGAUGGCGCCGCCCCCCGACGAAGAUCCCGACGUAUCCAUCCCGGUCGCCGCGUGGGCGACGGCGGCGGGUGACGUCGUCUACGCCAAGCUCAAGGACAGGGGCCUCGCCGCGGAGAUGCGAGGCGUCGCGAUCGGGAAGAUCGACGACGGCGACGGCGAGGCGGAGGUGGACGUGGAGGGACUCGCGUUUGGCCCGCGGCCCGGGCUCGCGCUCAUCGUCGCGGCGAGGGAAAGGGAGGAUCCGGACCGGCACCACGUCCUCGUGCUCGACGCCGGCACCCCGGAGGUUUCGAACUUUUGGGACGUCGUCUCCCCGCCGCCGGCGCCAUCGUGCACGCGGCUGGAGGGGACGUUCGACAUCGACGACGACGAGACGGCGGGGCUGCGCGGGCCUUACCUGCACGGGCUGACCGUGCGACAGUGGGGCGUGGCGCUCGCCUCGCACCGAAAGGCUUGGGAUAACCAGCUGUGCGCGCUGGAGGUGGCCGGGUCUGGCGCCGGCCCUCGGGCGCUGCAGAUCGACGACGACCGGUGCGUGCCCGCGAUUCCGCUCGCGGGCGCGGACGAGGACAGCAAUUUUGUCACCGGGCUGGCGGCGGAUCACGGCGGUCGCGGGGGCCGGAUGCCGCACCCGGCGGACAAGUCUCGACCGCCGCUGCCGCAGGGGCCGACCGUGCUGGUCGCGACGGCGGAUCACAGGGUCACGGUGAUGCGCGUGGGGCACCUGGACGAUGCUUUAGGUGGGAGGUACGCGGACGAGGUACGCGUCAGUGAGGCGCGGUUGGACGUCGUCGACGUUCCCUCGGGGGCGGUUUUAGCGGCGGAGGCGGCUGGGAGCGCCGCGUCGUCGCCGGCCAAGGCUGCGGCGUCGCAGGCGACGUCCGCCGUCCCCUCGCCGGUCAAGGCUGCGGACCAGGCGCCCAAGGCUGGAGGGUUCAGCGCGGCGUUCCUCGCCAAGGCCAACGCCGGAUACGACGCGGCGCAGAAGGCUCUCCAGGAGGACCUCGACAAGGCUGCGGGGAAGGCUUCGGCGGAUGAGCCGGCGGCGCCCAAGGCGGGUGCGGCGGGGGCAUCGUUCGGCUUUGGCGCGGCUCCCGCGUCGUCGUCGUCGGCGGCGGCGGGGGCAUCGUUCGGCUUUGGCGCAACGGGGAGCGCUCCGUCGUUUUCGUUUGGAGCGCCUGCGCCUGCGCCUGCGUCGUUGUCCUCGGCGGGGUUCAGCUUUGGCGGCGGGACGGCGACUUCAUCCGCCGCGAGCUCGGCGGGUGGUUUUUCGUUUGGCGGAACUCCCGCGUUCGGAGCAUCAUCCGCGGCUGCGCCCGCCGCCUCGGCUGCGCCCGCGUCGCCGUUUGGAUCCACCACCACCGCCGCCUCGUCCACGUUCAGCUUUGGGGGCGCAGCCGCGGGUAGCGCCCCGGCGUUUAGCUUCCCGAGCGCGGCGGCGACGUCCGCAGCGGCAACCGCCGAGGAGAAGAAGGAGGUGGUCAAGAAGGAGGAGCCCGAGCCCGCGGCACCCAAAGCUGGCGGGUUCAGCGCGGCGUUCCUCGCCAAGGCCAACGCCGGAUACGCCGCGGCUCAAAAGUCACUUCAGGAGGACCUCGACAAGGCUGCGGGGAAGGCUUCGGCGGAUGAGCCGGCGGCGCCCAAGGCGGGCGCGGCGGGGGCGUUCAGCUUCGGCGCGGGUUCCGCGUCGUCGUCGGCGGCAUCUUUCGGCUUUGGCGCGGCGGCUCCCGCGUCAUCGGCCGCGACGGGGGGAUUCAACUUCGCGCCGUCAGCCUCGCCCGCGGCAUCCUCGGCCGCUUUCUCCUUUGGCGGUGCCGCGGAUGUCUCCACGCCGACGGCGUUCAAGUCGGCUCCGAAGCUCGCCUUCACGCCGAUUGUCGGAGCCGCCGACGAGAAAAAGGCGGCGAAACCCGACGAGGUUGAGGCGCCCAAGCCCGCUCCCGCGGCGGUGCCUUUCGCCGCGCCGCCCGCGUGGGGCUCGUCAUCGGCGACGACGACAAAGGAGGCGCCCAAGCCCGCUCCCGCGGCGGUGCCUUUCGCCGCGCCGCCCGCGUGGGGCUCGUCAUCGGCGACGACGACAAAGGAGGCGCCCAAGCCCGCUCCCGCGGCUGGCGGGUUCAGCUUUGGGACCCCCGCGGCGGCGGCGAUCAGCCCGGCGCCGGCGACCCCGCGCCCCGCGGCGCCGCCCUCCACGCCGGUCGCCACCCCCGCGCCUCCCGCCACCGCCGACCACGUGGAGUUUGGCCUGCGACUGCUCGAGUCCCUGAAGGAUGGCUCGUUGGACCUCGCCUCCGCGCAGAAGCAGCUCAAGGACCUGAUGGUCUCGGGGACGCCGCCGCCCGCCGCCGCGUCGCCCCGGCCGUCGCCGUCGCCGUCGCCGGCCGGGCCCGGGCCCAAGGGGUUCACGCCCGUGAAGAUCACCGAAUCCGCCGCCGUCGUCGGCUCCCCCACGCCCGGGUGGGGAAAGAAGAUCGAGUCGCUGCGAGCCGCAUUUGGCGCGACGCCCCCCGGCUUAAACGCGGGGGGCGAUCCCGGCGAGGCGGGUUUCAAGGCUAUCAUGGAGGACAUAGCCGCCGCGAUGGAGGAGGCGACGGCGAUGCUCGACGACGUCACGGGGCUCGUCGAGGCUGUGGAGGGCGGCGGCGGCCAAAGCGGCGGCGCGCCGUUCGCGGCGAGCGACAUCGACGACAUCGGCGCUCAGGCGGCGGAGCUCGGUCGGGGCGUCGCGGCGGCGGCGGCGGCGACGAGCUCGCUUCGCCCCGCCGCCGCGAACGUCUGGGCGGAGAACACGCGCGACGAGGCGAUGCGAUCGGAGCUCGAGUCGCUGUUCGAGCGAGCCGCGGAGGACGCGGAGGCUGCGAAGGAGGAUGCCGAGGAGGAGAGGGCGGAGGCGAAGGAGCGGGAACGAGCGGCGCGGGAGGCGGGGGGCGUCGACCGAGUCCGGCACCGAGUCGGGCCGAGGGCCGCGGAGAUCGCGUCAGCCCGGCCGCUGCCCCCCGCGCUCGACCGGCUCAGGCGCGGCAUCGACCGCGACAUGUCCCGGCUCACCGACGCGAUGGCCAGGCUGGAGUCUGCGGUUGAACGGAAGGAGCGAGAGCGCCGGCGAGCCAAGCUCCUCGAGCGGGGCGCCCAAGCGGCGGCGUCGACAUCCAAGUCGGCCGCGCUGAUUCCGUGGGGCCCCACGUCGCCCUACGGCGGACGCAAGGGCAUAGCGCUGCACUCCGCGUCGAUGCCCCGCGCGGGGGCGGUGCCGUCCUCGCUCAUACGCGCGGGCGGUUACGGGUCCGCCGCGGCUGGCGUAAGCCGCUUGAGCCUCGGAUCGGGCUUUGGCGGCAUCCGCGGCGCCGCGAGGGGCAACUUAAAGUCAGCGGCGGGCGCGGUUCCCGUCCCGGAUGCCGGCGCCGGGGUCGGCCGGGGGGUAACGGACGCGGUCGCGCCCGCGGAGCGCGAGGAGGCGGUGCGCGAGCUACGCAAACGACGCGAGAUGAUCGACUCGCAGACCAAACGACUGGAGGAGGUUUUGGCGAAAAUUCGCGCCGGCGAGGCAAAGGAAAACAACCUGGCGAAGAACAGCCCGAAGCCGUCGACGCCCCCCGCGAAGCCCUCGCAGCAGCAACAACACCGAGUCACCGGCGUCGGGGAGUCGCCUCCCGCGUCCCUCGCGGCGUUCUCGCCCAUCAGCAGGUUCGCGUUUGACUCGCCAGCCGUCGGCGGAAUUUCAAAUUCAAACCCGGCGGAAAACUCGGAGCCCGCCGCGUCGAGGAAGCCCAAGUCGCCGCCCGGCGGUCGCAAGCUGACGGCUCCCUCGGAGGAGAGCGACCCGGCCGAGGAGAGCGCGGUGGUUCGCGCGGUGCUCUCGAAGAUAUCCGCGCCGCGGGUCACGAGCACGGCGAAAAAGGAGAGACCACCCGCGGGGACGGGCUUCGGCUCCGCUUCCUUUGCCUCCGCCGCGCCGCCGCCGCCGAGUUUCGGCGCGGCGGCGGCCCCCGCGGUCACCGGCGUCAAGCCUGCCGCACCCCCGCCCCUGUUCGGAGCCGCGCCCGCGCCCGCCGCGGGGUCGACCGCGGCUCCCGCGUUCGGCGCGGCUCCGGCGUUCGGCGCGGCUCCGGCGGCGGGUGUCGGCGGCGGGGGAGCCGCGGCUGGUGCGUUUAGCUUCGGCGCGGCUCCCGCGAUCGCGCCCUCCGAGAAGAGGGAGGAGGCCAAGAAGGAUGAGCCCGAGCCCGCGGCGCCCAAGGCUGGCGGGUUCAACGCGGCGUUCCUCGCCAAGGCCAACGCCGGAUACAACGCGGCGCAGAAGGCUCUCCAAGAGGACCUUGACAAGGCGGCGGGGAAGGCUUCGGCGGAUGAGCCGGCGGCGCCCAAGGCGGGCGCGGCGGGGGCGUUCAGCUUCGGCGCGGCUCCCGCGUCGUCGUCGUCGGCGGCGGGGGCAUCGUUCGACUUUGGCGCGGCUCCCGCGUCGUCGUCGUCGGCGGCGGCUGGGGCAUCGUUCGGCUUUGGCGCGACGGGGAGCGCUCCGUCGUUUUCGUUUGGAGCGCCCGCGUCGUCGUCGGCGUCCUCGGCGGCGGCAAGUGACGCGCCCUCCUUUGGCCUCGGAGCGAAGACCGAGUCCAAACCCGCGACUUCGACGUUCAGUUUCUCGAGCUCAGGUAGCUCAGCUGGGUUCAGCUUCGGCGGAUCUGGCGCCUCGGCGACGUCAGAAAGCAAGCCCACUGCGGGUGGGUUCAGCUUUGCGCCUCCAGCGAUCACGACUGGCAAGCCCGCCGAGGAGAAGAAGGAGGAGGUCAAGAAGGAGGAGGAGGAUCCCAAGAAGGAGGGGGAGCCCAAGAAGGAUGAGCCUAAGCCUGCGGCGCCCAAAGCUGGCGGGUUCAGCGCGGCGUUCCUCGCCAAGGCCAACGCCGGAUACGCCGCGGCUCAAAAGUCACUUCAGGAGGACCUUGACAAGGCUGCGGGGAAGUCUUCGGCGGAUGAGCCGGCGGCGCCCAAGGCGGGCGCGGCGGGGGCGUUCAGCUUCGGCGCGGCUCCCGCAGCGUCGUUCGGCUUCGGAACCGCAUCUACGACUGAGACAAAGAAGACUGAUUCUUCUUCCGCGGCGUCCUCUGGAGGCUUCAGCUUUGGCGGCGCGACCUCUUCCACCUUGAGCACCACAACCGGAUUUUCCUUUGGCGCGACUGCCUCCUCCACCGAGAAGAAGGAGGACGGGAAAGAGGAAGAGAAGAAAGAGGAAGAGAAGAAAGAGGAAGAGAAGAAAGAGGAAGAGGAGGAGAAGAAAAAGGUGGAUGUCAAACCUCUCUUUGGAUCCACCACCACCGCCGCCUCGUCCACGUUCAGCUUUGGGGGCGCAGCCGCGGGUAGCGCCCCGGCGUUUAGCUUCCCGAGCGCGGCGGCGACGUCCGCAGCGGCAACCGCCGAGGAGAAGAAGGAGGAGGUCAAGAAGGAGGAGGUGGUCAAGAAGGAGGAGGAGCCCAAGAAGGAGGAGCCUAAGCCUGCGGCGCCCAAAGCUGGCGGGUUCAGCGCGGCGUUCCUCGCCAAGGCCAACGCCGGAUACGCCGCGGCUCAAAAGUCACUUCAGGAGGACCUCGACAAGGCCGGGGGGAAAUCCCCAGCCGCAGCAGGCGCAUCCCCAGCGGCACCUGCGCCAGCCUUCGGCCUCGGCGCGGCCGCCUCCUCCUCUUCGUCGUUUGGAUUCGGCUCCUCCUCGGUGUCGACCGCCUCGACCCCCUCCGCCUCGACAGCCUUCGCGGCGGGGUCGACCUCGGCGUUUGGCUCAACCUCCGCCGGCGCCUUCGGGGGGAGCGGAUCGUCGGUGUUCGGGUCCUCCACGCCGGCCGGCGGUUCGAUCGCCGCGUUCGGAGCGACAUCAUCGACGUCCAGCGGAUUUGCCGCCGCCGCGACAUCAUCGACGUCCAGCGGAUUUGCCGCCGCCGCGACAUCAUCGACGUCCAGCGGAUUUGCCGCCGCCGCGACAUCAUCGGCGUCCACGGGUUUUGCCGCCGCCGCGACCUCGGCGUCGCCGUUUGGCGCCGUCGCCGCCGGCGGCACCUUCGGCAAGCCCGCGACGAUCGGGACGGGUGCUCCCGCCGCGUCCGCCUUUGGCUCCGCGACGGGCGCGUUCGGCGGAGCCGCCAAGCCCGCGUCCGGGAACCCCGGAGCCGGCGCUUCGCCGUUUGGCCAAUCCCCCGGAACGCCUCGCUCGCCCUCGUCGCCGUCUUCGCCGUUUGGACAGGCGUCGACCGGCGGCGCGUUCGGAGGCGGAGGCGGCGCGGCCGGCGGCGGCGGCGCGGCGGGCGUGGCGUCCGGGUUUGGCAGCGCCUUUGGCGGUCUCGGCGGGGGUUCGCCUGCUUCGUCCGCCGCGGGGGGAGGGAACGUUUUCGGGAAGGGUCUCAGCUUUGGGUCCCAGCCGUCGACGCCCACGACGCCGUCGUCGCCGUUUGGGCAGGCGUCGACUGGAGGUGCGUUUGGGCAGGCGUCGACUGGAGGCGCGUUCGGGCAGGCGUCGACUGGAGGUGCCUUUGGACAGGCAUCAUCGACUGGCAGUGCCUUUGGACAGGCGUCGACCGGAGGCGCGUUUGGACAGGCGUCGACUGGCGGCGCGUUCGGCGCUCCAUCGACUGGCGGUGCCUUUGGGCAGCCAUCGACUGGCGGCGCGUUCGGAGCUCCCGCGGCGGGGUCGGCGUUUGGCGCGGCGUCUUCCGCUUUCGGGAAACCCUCGGGUCUGGGCGCCAACGCGGCGGCUCCCUUUGGCGCGGGUGCCGUCGCGAGCGGCGGCUUUGGCGCUGCAUCUUCGGGUUUCGGCAAACCUUCGGGUCUGGGCGCCAACGCGACGGCUCCCUUUGGCGCGGGUGCCGCGGCGGGCGGCGGUUUUGGCGCGGCGGCUGCGUUUGGCUCUGGCGCGGCGGCGCAGCAGACGAGCCCCGGCGGCUCCGGCUUUGGCGCGUUCGCGUCGCAGGGUUCCGGCUUUGGCGCGGCUGCCAAGAUGGGCGGCGGCUUCGGUGCGGCGGCGACGGGCGGCGGGUCGAGUCCUUUCGGUGCGGCUGCGGCGGGCGGGGGCUCGAGCCCUUUCGGCGCGGCUGCGGCGGGCGGGGGCGCGAGUCCUUUCGGCGCGGCUGCGGCGGGGGGCGGUUUCGGCCAGGCGCCGGGGGGGUUCGGGCAGCAGUCGCAGCAGGGCGCGUUCGGGCAGCAGUCGCAGCAGGGCGCGUUUGGGCAGCAGAAGACCUCUCCGGCGUUCACCCAGAUGCGUAGGUAG